GAAGAAACUACAAGAGUACAGAACAGCACUCUGUGCCCUAGGCUAUUUCUUCUCUCAUCUCUUCCUAACUAUCCGGCGACGACAAUUCAAUAGGCUUAAUCUUCUUCCUUCUUGUCUCUUUUCCAAUUGUUUUCAAUCUUUUUGCUGUUCUCUUAUUGUCUUUAAAAUAUCUUAAAGACGGUUUGAUCUUGUUUUCUUGUGCUUUUUUUUUUUGUAAUCUCGUAAUACGAGUUUUAUUGUAUUAUAAUUUUUAGAGAAUAGAAAAGGAGUUUUAGGUUUCAUUAGAUUUAUUAGAUUUAGUUGACAGGGAAAAACAAGGUAAUCCUGAAAUCCCUAAUAAUGGGCGGCAGACCAGCAUCGACGAUCGAAUUCCCCGACAGACGGUACCGUCCUGACCGCAAUAAUGGCCGUUACACACCUGAAUCCGACAUCUCUCCCAACUACAACCGCCAUGGAGAUCGCCGCAGUCCCUCCUACCACAGUUAUGAUGAGCGACACCGAGAGACCAAUCCUAGACGCUACCAUUCAAGAUCACCUGAUAAUUAUCCUACUUCUAGAAGAAGCAGAAGAAGCCUAAGCCCUAGGCCACUAAAAGACCUAGAUUCUCUUCCCAAAAAGUUCGGUGGCAGGGGCCGCGCAUACCUUGAUAGGAAUGGAAAGGAUUCAGAAUCGGAAUCUGAUGAGGAAUUGAAAGGAUUGAGUUUUGAGGAACGGAGGAGGCUGAAGAGGCAGAGGAUGAGGAAAAAUAUUGCAAGAUAUUGUAUUUGGAAUCUCACGCCUAGUCCGCCCAGGAAUGAUAAUGAUGAAAAUGAGGAUUUUGAAGAUAAAGCUGAUGAAAUUUCAGAGAAGUACGGCGAGGACGAUGAGAAGAAGAGCUAUUCGAAUGAGAAGGAGAAAGUGAAAAAAGAAGGAAAGGGUAAACCGGAGUCUGAUUCUCAGAAUUCUGAGAUGAGCGAUUCGGAGACUGAUUCUGAGUCGGAAGACGAGUCUGAAUCGGAUGAUUCUAGGUCAUGGAAGAAGAGAAGGAGUUCAAGUUCUAAGCGUAGAACUAGGAGAUUGUCUAGCGAAAGUGAGAGUGAGCCAAACGACGAUGAGAAUGAGAGUGGUGAUUUAAGUGAAUCAGAUUCUGAAGGGGAUCGAAAACGCAGUAAGAAAUCACGGAAAAAGAGCAGCAGUAGACAAAAGAAGAGUAGCAAGAGAAGUGGGAGGAGGAGGAGGAAAAGUAGGUACAGUGACUCGGAUGAUAGUGAGAGUGAAGAAUCUGAUCACAAGUCUAAGAAGCGGAGACGCAAUUCAGGUUCAAAAUCUAAAAGCAGCAAGAAAAAGAGGUCUGAAACAGAGAGUGAAAAAUCAUAUUCUGAUGAGGAUUCAGGUUCUGAACUUGAUGCAAAGGGAAUAUCAAACGCAGAUGAGGUACAAACUGCUGAAAUUGAUGCUGAGGCACUCAUUUACAAAGAGAUGAUUGAGGCACAGAAGAAGCCCGCUUUGGAUAAUGAACCUGUAGUUGGGCCAAUGCCAUUGCCUAGAGCUGAGGGUCAUAUCAGUUAUGGUGGAGCACUAAGACCUGGUGAAGGUGAUGCUAUUGCACAGUAUGUGCAGCAAGGAAAACGUAUUCCACGUAGAGGUGAAGUGGGUCUUUCUGCUGAAGAGAUUCAGAAGUUUGAGAGUCUUGGGUAUGUGAUGAGUGGAAGCAGGCACCAGAGAAUGAAUGCAAUUCGUAUUAGGAAAGAAAAUCAAGUUUACAGCGCUGAAGAUAAGCGAGCUUUGGCCAUGUUCAACUAUGAAGAGAAGGCAAAACGUGAACACAAGGUUAUGGCUGAUUUGCAGAGGCUGGUGCAGCGCCAUAUUGGACAGGAUGUCGGUCCUACACAUGAUCCUUUUGCAGGGAAAGCAACUGAUGGUUCUGAUGCCUAAUAGGCAUAUGCGAACAUGUUUGCUGAGUGGUGUUGAAGAUACAUUUUGAAGAAAAUUCAAUAAUUUAAACAGGAGGCGAGAGUGAAAACUCAGGAGUGAGAUACGAAGGUGCUGUUGGCUUUACUCUCUCCUCUCUUUAAGGGCUGCACAAAACUUUCAUGGAGUUUUUUGGAGCCUCCGUUGGCACCUUAGAUUGAUCUAGUCGGAAGAAAGCUCCCCUAUCUAUCUGAAUAGUUGACUUCAAGAAGCUUCUUUCCAUAAAACAUUGAACCUGAAUUCUCUUCCGUUCUCUUCUCUUUGCUGUGUCUGCUAUGUGGGAAUGGAAUAAAAUUUUGUACUAUUAACUUAUAAAUACGAGGUAGUUAAAUUGAACACAAGUUUUAUUUUGGCUAGCUUCAGUAGAUCCUGUACAAGAAUGUGAAGAACAUGCGCAUGUUUUAUGGUGAAUGGAACACUGUUUGUAUA